AUGGCUGUAUUAUUGGAGAAUAUAUCAGAAGCUAUGCAACACAAUGAGGAAAUGAAGAAGGGUCUAACAAAAUCAAUGUUGAUGUUAUUGACUGAAUGGAAGAGUUUUGAAGGGGAUUUUGACUUGACCACCAAGAGUUUGAAACACUGCUUCAAUGAACUCGAGUCCAAGGACAAGCACUUGGCUUCUAUUCAAGAAUCAGUUGUCGAGAGUGGUAAGGAAAUUUACUUGAUUAGGGAAUCUGUUGAGCAGAGAAGGAAAGAAGUUGAGGAAAAAAUGGAGGAAUUUUGUGCAUUCCGUGAUAGAGAAAUCAGGGAUUUGGAAUGGAAGUGGAAAGACUUUACUUUGGCCAAAAUGGGGUUUGAUGAAACUGUGAAAUUGGGAGAGGAGAAACUGAAUGACCAAGAGAAGAAGGGGGAACUUAUUUUGGGGGAAAUUGAAUUGGGGCGAAAGCAGCUGGAAAAUAGGUUUAGCGAGAUUAUUGUGAAGGAAAAGAAGUUAGAGGAGCGCUCCAAACAGUUGAAUAAAGUUCUCAGCUGGAUUCGGGAAGAAUCAGGUUCUUUUCAUUUGAGAGAAAGAAAGUUUGCGGAACAAGUGGAAGAAUUUCAAAUGAAGGAAAAGCUUUAUAACUCGAUGGAGAAGGAACUUGAAAGUAAAGAAAGGAGAUUGCAUUCUGCGGGGAAAGAACUUAUUGUAAAGGAAGAUUCUUUGGCUGCAGUGAAAAGAGAGUUAAGACUAAACGAGGCUAACUUAGACUCUUUGAAAAAGGAACUUGAAAGUAAACAAAGAAGCUUGGAUUCUUUGAGAAAUGAACUUAUUGUAAAGGAAGAGUCUUUGGCUACGGUGAAAAGAGAGUUAAGAAUAAAGGAGGCUAACGUAGACUCUUUGAAGAAGGAACUUAGAGAAAAGGAACAUAACCUCGCUUCCGUUCAAAAGGAACUAAGGGAGAAGUUAGUUAACUUCCAUUCAGUGAAGAAUGAACUCAAAGGGAAGGUAACUCACUUGGGAUCUCAACUUACAAUCAAGGAAGACUACCUAUCAACAAUGAAGAAGGAACUUGAGCUCAAGGACAAGAGUCUGGAUACAGUUAAGAGGAAACUUGAACUACAGGAGCAGAAAUUAAAUUCAUUCGAGGAGAGACUCGAAUUAACGGAAGCAGAGUGUGAUUCUGUUAAGGAAGCAUAUAGGCAGCGCUUUGAAGAACUUGAUUCUAGGGAGAAGAUGGUGGAACAGCUUAUGGUGGAAAGUGAAUCCAAGCGUAAGCAGCUAGAGAGCCUUGGGAAGUCUAUUGAGAAAAGAUUCAGGGAGAUUAGCAUGAGGGAAGAGAACUUUGGGAACUGCCAGGUCCCAAAAAAGGUUCAGAGUUUGAUUCCCGAAAAAUCAGAUGCCCUUGAUGAACAAGUGGAAGUAGUUCAAAUUAAGGAAAAGAUCUUGGAGUCAACGGAGAAGGAACUUAAAACUGAACAAAGGUGCUCGGAUUCUUGGAAGAAAGAACUUAUUCACCAUAUUCGCCGGAAAAAACUACAUGGAAGGCUAAGGAAGCAGUCACUAGCGGUCAGUCGCAAGCUGAAACAAGCAAGAAAAGAGUGA